AUGGAGGCGGAGGACCUGGUAUCACGUUGGGAAAGAUUACACCUUUCCAAAGAAGAAAGUGCAUGCUUCCAUGUCCAGCAGAAGGGUUACAAUGGUGAAAAAAAAGGAAAGUAUUGUAUUGUUGGGAAGGCUAUGACAGAGAAGGGAGUGAAUAGUGAAGGAUUCAGAACCACAAUGUCUCAAAUAUGGAGGUUGGAUGGGUGGGUGACCUUUAAGGAGCUUGGUGAUCAGUGCUUCUUGAUCGAAUUUCAAAAAAUGGAAGACAAAGAAAAGGUGUUGAGUGGACGUCCAUGGUUUUUUGAAAGACACCUCCUCACCAUGAUGGAGGUGGAUGAGAAAGAGUCCAUUGAUGGGCUGAAGUUCUGUUUUGAGCCAUUUUGGAUACAACUACACAAUCUUCCACUAACAGUCAUGACAGAAGGCUUCGAUGAGCAGUUUGCAGAGGCUAUAGGCCCGGUCAUUAGAGUAGAAGCAGAAGCAGAUGGACGUGCAUGGGGAAGAUGCCUUAGAGUAAGGGUGGCUGUGGACCUCAACAAACCGUUACUAUGA